CCCAGGACCCUGCAUUCACUAUAUCUGGUCUCCCUGGACCCUGCAUUCACUAUAUCUGAUCUCCCCGGACCCUGCAUUCACUAUAUCCGGACCCUGCAUCCACUAUAUCUGGUCUCCCCGGACCCUGCAUCCACUAUAUCUGGUCUCCCAGGACCCUGCAUCCACUAUAUCUGGUCUCCCAGGACCCUGCAUCCACUAUAUCUGGUCUCCCAGGACCCUGCAUCCACUAUAUCCGGUCUCCCCGGACCCUGCAUUCACUAUAUCUGGUCUCCCCAGACCCUGCAUUCACUAUAUUCGGUCUCCCCCGGACCCUGCAUUCACUAUAUUCGGUCUCCCCGG